UCAUAAUGUAUGGAAGUUUAGUGGAAGAACUGAAGAGGUUGGCGGACGACGUCAAGAACACUAGAGAAAUAGACGAUAAGAUACGCUCUUUGUCCUUUCAACAGUUGCCUUUUGAAUUUCGUUUGCACUUUCUGUGCUUAAAGAACAGUGCAUAUAUUUGUGAAGAGAAAGGUCGUUGGGAAGAAAUGAAGUCCUUGUACUCUAUUCUUAUGGAAUCCUUUGCAGAUUGGGUAGUUUUAGAUACCGGUUUGGUCGUAAGAAUGUUACGUGCUCUCAAAAAAGUGGGAAGUUUCUCCUUUGCAAGGAAAAUUUGUGAAUAUUAUUUGAGACAAAAGAACGACAAGUUUAUUUAUACAGAAUGGUGUUCUCUAAUUCGCAUUAUCGGAGAUAGCCUUAUAUAUGAAUCGCAAGAUAAUGCUGAUGAUAUGAGUUGGAGUAAUCUUGCCUCAUCAUCAUCUUUUAUCCAAAGUACCAUUUCGUUUGAGGCCACAAUUCCUUGCAAAUCAAUGAAGCCCGCCUAUUUCAUAACAGAUGCACGUAACUUAUUGUUGUGGAUAUUGCUUGGUGCAUUUUAUGAUAGUGAAUCUGUUUCAUUUGAUUUUCAGAGUCAUGUUCAACUUGUGCACUCUUAUGAAUCUCCGGGAAUUUUAGAUUCCUCAGGAAGUGUAAUAUUUUCUGAAAAGGAUUUGAUGGAGAAGAUGGAAUACAUUUAUCAAAUUUGGAAAGAUGCUUCGUCUAUUCUUAAACCAAAAAAUUUUGGUGAGAAUACUGAAACUUAUGGUUUAGAAGCUGUUUGGAAUGAACUUAAAAUAUCUUCUCAAAGAGCGGGCUUGGAUACUAUGAUAGUUGAUUGCUUUGCUCUUGAAGAACAUUCAUUGAACAAUCAAACAAACGAAAUGCCAUCCAACAUUUUUCAUCAAGAACGAUUCAGUCAAGUUCUGCUGUCAUUUCCUGAUUGGGACAAGUUAGAGUUACCUUCCUAUUCGUGUUCCUUGUUUGAUCUGUUUUGUUUGUUAUUGACGAAUUUUGCAAAUUGUUCAAGCCUUCCUAUUGAAUUGGGUCCUUUACUGUGCUUUGCUUGGCUUCAAUUCCGAUCGAUCUUUCCUACCAUUUCAACUGAAGAGAACAUCCUAUUCUUAAAUGUUGCAGAGUUGAUCUUUAAGUGGUUUCCUUUUAUUUGCAGAAUACUCAAUUUAUCAUCAUCGACUCUUAGUCCUAUGAGUGAUAGCUAUGAGGACUGCAAAUUUAUUCCUUGUUCCUUUUGUAACCUAGCAUUGAUGGAAUGUGAAUAUUUGUUAACUCGAUUUUUGGAUGGCGUAUCGGAACAAGAAGAAACAUUUGAAGAAGACUUGUAUACCAAAUGUCGUGUCUUUAUUUUGAAAGCAAAGAUUAACAGUUAUUUAUGUAGACAAGACAGUAACGUGCUGCUCCAUAUGAAUCUUGAUAAUUUGCUCAACUCUGUCUCUGAUAUUGAAAGAGUUGCAGUAUCCUUCAAUCAAUUUUCAAUGAAAUUAUUGGAUACUUUAAACUUGUUAAUGGAACAACGAAGACUGAUUGAUCAUUUGAUGGAAUUUUAUAGCAUUCUUUGGCAAGUGAACACGGUCAAUGAAUGGGAAAUACAGCUUGUGAGAUUUUGUCACAAACUUCGACCACAGCUGUUUACUAAUCUUACUGAAGAAAGACUUCACGAGCAUCUUCUCUUGUGUGAUUUUCUGGAUAUUGGUAUUCAUGCACCUCUUCCAUAUCAAACCGAUUACUCUCUUUUGACUUGUAUAACUUUCAAGUUGCAAAUCGUUUCUAGUUUCCUUACUGUUGUAUCAAGUUCAUUUAAAUAUGCAGGUUGCACAAUGAUAAUGAUACAACAGCAGAUCAGCAAAAGUUUUUUGAUACUGAAGAAACUCUCUAGCUUUCUAAAAGACUUGGAAGCGAAACAAAAUGACUAUUCCACUUGUAACAAUUUCCUUCCGGAAAUGAUCGAUAAUUUGUUGCUUCUUUUUGAAAGUUUAUGCUUGUUGGCUAUGUCAUUGGUAGAGAUGAGACAUAGGGAUGAAAGUUUAGAAUGGUUGGUAAAGAGUACAUCCAAAUAUCAGAAACGAUUCAUGUUUCUUUUACUUUGCAUUUCCAAAACUUGUGAAUGGCUGCUUUCGACGUGGGAAAGUUUGAUCAUUCAAAGCUGGGAUGACUCUAUUGCAGAUCUUAUGGAACAUUCAUUGGCAUUGUUUUAUAUCGUUUUACGUCAGAUAUCUCUAAGGGAGAAUUUACAAAGAAUGAAAUCCUUCCGUUCUAUUAUUCAAGUAUACUGUACCUGUCUUCGUAGAUGGAUGAAUGUUUGCAAUGCUGGUGAUAAAGAACCAUUUUUAAUAUUAAAGGAGUGGAACCAGGAUUCCAAUAGUUUCAUCGAGAGACGACAGCAUAUUUCAUCUGAACUUGCUGCUGGUUACUACUAUCGCUAUGGUUUGAGAGCGCCAUUCAUCUCCGACGAUGACUUGAAUGGUCACUGGUUGACUCGAGAAUUAUCUUUGCAAAGUUUUAUCAAGUCAUUAGAUCCUACUCAUGUUGUAGAGUUUUAUUAUGCUUUUCAGAAGGAGUUGAGAGAAGCAACUAUUUCCAACCGAAAAGGUUCGAUAGGAGAAAUGAAGCGUACGUUGAAAGCAUUGUUGAAAGUUUUCUUUUCAGUCGAGCAGCCAGCCUUUGAACCUAAUCAGUUGAUUGAACCAUUCAAGUCUAGUUUGGAAAAUGUCACUGAAGAACAACUUGAGGAUGAAUCAACAGAUUGGGAGUUUAUUUUUGCUUCUUCCCUGAAUUGUUGGAUUUCUAGAGGUCAACGUCUGUUAGAACACUUACAUUUUACUAAGAGACGUUCUUCAGUCGAUCUUCAUGAGUAUCACGAAGUUUUGCUGGAUAUUUGUGAUCUACUCUCUCGUUGCCUAAGCCUGGAGUUGGAAAUGACAAGAAAGAAAGUCAAGUCAAUGUCAUUGACCUCGUAUUUUGUUUCUCGCCACAAGUUAUUAGAGGAACUUUUAGGACUGCAGUUGUUCAUCCUUUCAUUAGAACCUAAAAGAGCGCAGUGUUGGUUGUGGCUUGGAGAAAUGUCUUUGGAAUUGUCUCAUGUUGACAACGAAAUGAAGCAUUUGGAGAUUGAUGAGAAUAGAGAUUCAAAUUGUAUAUAUUUGCGUUUUGAAGAAUGCGCAAAAGUUUUUUCAUUUUCCAGGCGAUUGGCUAGCUAUCAAGAUCAUCUGAAUGGAAGAAAAGUAUUAAUGCAAUUGGCAUCACAAGGAGAAGGAAUCUGCUAUUUUUUAGCCGCUAGACUUGCAAAAUCAUCCAAAUUUCGCUUUUGGCAUUUAGCUAUCCGAGCAUUAGAUCGUCUAAUUCAAAUGAAGGACACGGAGCCAGACAACGAUACUGAAAGCGUUUCUUUAAUUCACCAUAAUUCAUUGAGUUGGUGGUAUUUUUUCCUUCUUCGAGGCAAACUUGGUUUCAAAUUGAGAGAAUCUGUGGAACGCAUCUGUUGGUUUCUAACUCGAGCAAUUGUUUUACAUCGAGAGGAAGCAACAAGACUAAGACAAGAACUUGAAACGGAGCCGAUAUAUCAGUUUGACAUGAUUCGAUUGAAAAUAUUAUUACAUGAAGGUGAAUUUUCACUUUGCGACGAUAGUCUAAAGAUAUUAUUGGACGAUAGUGACAUAUAUUUUCCAAUUUCAGACGAUAGGAAGAAGACCGAUUCCUCUUCAGGAGCUUGCAUUAACUUUGAUAUUUCUAGUAUGCUGAGAAUUGUAUCCAAUCAAAUUGUUGAACACGUGAACUAUAUAUGGGAUUCUCAUCAGUUUCGGAAUGGCUCCAGGUCUUCUGGUUAUCUGUAUAAACCUUUUUAUGCACAAGCCGUUGCUUAUAAAGUUGGUUUGCAAAUGAAUCAAAAAGCACUAGACUCGAUAUCCAAUUUGUUCCAACCUUCUGUUGCAAAUAGCUCGAUUGGCAAUUUUUGGUACAUGUUUACAGCAUUACCUGUAAGUUUAUUGAGUGAAAUGAUCUUUGAGUCCAAAGCUCAGUAUCAAAAGUGGAAAUUCAAAUGCCUUUCCUUUUAUAUUCAACAGAGUGCCUUGUUGAAGCAGAAAGAAAACCUUUGGGCUGCAUUUAGUCGUUUAAAAAGAAGAAAACCGGAAGAAACCGAUGAUGAGCUAUUGAAACAAGUCAUGCAGUUAUAUUUCGAUUGUAUACUAUCCACAUCAUCUGAAUGGAAAUAUUGGGAUAACUCAAGGCUCAGCGAAGAAUUGCAGCAUCUUUGGAAAAUGUAUCUGUUUCUUACAUCUUUUUACAAAGAAUCAAGUCUUAUCAAUGCAAUACAACGCAAAAUGGAAAGCUUGUUAUGUCUUGUAUGUCCUGAAGAUGAAAAUUCUGGAAAAAAACAAAUGGAAGUAUAUAUCGGGAAACCUUUUAUGACAAGUAAGAAAAGUACAACACUACCUUUUCUUUUGGAAAAGAAACAAUCUGGUUCCGUUGUAGAGGAUAAGAAAAGCAAGCUCUCCAAUUUUGUUUCUUGGAUAUGUGGCACUUUAGAGAACACAAGGAAGACUUUUGACAGUAUUCGUCAUACUACAAAGUUAGCCAUUAUUCGGUCUGUUCUAGCUACUGUAGAGGAAAAGAGUCAACGCAGGGAUGUGAAUGUUGUUACCUACUUUCCUCCAGCAGAGAGGAUCAUAGCUAUCGGUGAUGUGCACGGAGAUCUACAGUCCCUUCAAAGUGCGUUGCGACUAUCAAAGGUAGUUGGAGUGGGUGGAGAAUGGACUGGUGGUAGAACACUAGUUGUUCAGUUAGGAGACGUUUUGGACCGUGGUGACCAGGAAAGAGAAGUUCUUCAAUAUCUGGAAAAACUUAAUAUUCAGGCCUCGAGACAAGGCGGAAAAGUGGUGACUUUACUGGGUAAUCACGAAAUUAUGAACGUCGAGCUUGACUUUAGAUAUGUCACUCCCGGUGGGUUUUCUGCCUUUACGAGUAAGACAAAUGAACUAGAACAAGGCUAUUAUGAGAAAAACGUACCAAGAGCUUAUCAAGAAGUUAUAAAACAACUUCCUGACUUUAUGAAAGCCAGAGCUCUUGCAUUAAGACCCGGGGGUCCUACCACAGUGCGUUAUUUUUCUAAAAGCCCGAUCGUUUUGGUGGUUGGAGAUAACGUUUUCGUUCAUGCUGGUUUGAAUAAUGAACAUGUUGCCUUUGGACUAGACGAAAUAAAUCAAUCAACAAUGAAUUGGUUGCUAGGUAAGGGAGAGAAACCAGAAAUUCUUCGAGGUCGCUUUAGUCCUGUGUGGACACGUAUCUAUUCCUAUCCAAAUCUUGCAGUAGAUAGCGAGGAAUGUCAUGAGUUGUGUAGUACUCUUGAUAAGAUCCCUGCCAAACGAAUGAUCGUUGGUCAUACACCCCAAUCUCAUAUUAAUGCAGCCUGUAAAGCUCGAGUUUGGAGAGUCGAUACAGGUUUGUCUAAUGCUUAUGGUGGCAAUGUUGAGACACUGGAAAUCACCAAAAAAGGUGUGAAAGUACUAAAGUGGAAGACCAAGCGAGCCAAUCUUCUUCGGCAAUGAGGACCUCAUAACCAAUUCAGCGUUGAU